AUGUCUGCAACAGACCUUCAGUCCCAGUCAGCCAAGAUUAACACUAUUCUGGAUCAACUUAUGAAGCUGCAAACAAACUGGGAGAGCAACAUGAAGACGCUGCAAACGUCAUAUGAAGAACAGUUGAAGGAAUUGACAAGUGUGCGCCAGAAAAUAAAUGCCGCUUUAGAUAAGCUGGAGAAGACCACACUGAAGGAAAUGGAUGAAGUGAAGGCCGUCUUGUAUGCUUCUCUCAAGUCCGAUGCUGACGAAUGCUUCAGGUUUCGUACUGAGUUGACACGUCUCAGUGAGGCUAUACAGGAAGCAGGCAAAAAGAGCAAGGAGCUUACCUUCAUAGCAUAUCAGAAGAGUGAAGAGAUGAUCAAACAAGCAGACAGGUGCUUGAACCAGAAUUCAAUACAAACCGAACUGUCAUUAAAGUUUAUUGUUGACAAUGACACUGAAGGGUGUUUAUCCAACCUCUCACGCCUUGGUCAUACCGUACAUGUUACGAAGGGCCUGACAAUACAGGGUAGACAAGACCUGGCAAUCACAGUAGCUUCGACAACUCCCAUUAGUGUGAAAAUACCAUGUGAUAAAAGUACUUCGUAUAUUAUCAUGGGCAUGUGUAGUCUGUUCAAUGGUCAGAUUCUGCUUGCAGAUCAUAUUAACAAUAGAUUAAAGCUGUUGGACCUGCAGCACAACGUGGUCAGUUUUUGUGAUAUGUCUGGCUCUCCAUAUGACAUGUGCCUGAUCACCCCCUGCCAGGUAGCAGUGGCUGUGGGCAAAGGCAUACAGUUUGUCUCUGUGCACAGUGGCCAGCUGGUGAAGGAGAGAGACAUACAGCUACCACACGAAUGUAUAGGAGUAGCCCAUCACCACGGGGACCUCUUUGUGACCUCCGGUACUGCUCUGUACAAGUACAAUCUCACCGGCACACUGGUGAAAAUGAUGUAUGAGGAUACAUCUAUUUAUUCGACAGUCUGGUGGUGUGCAGUGAGUCCAUCUGCUGACAAGAUCUAUGUUACCAACCAUGUCGAUCACAAACUCCUCACCCUGGCCAGCGAUGGGACUGUUAUCUCCACCUUCACUGACCCGGAAAUGAAAGGCCCAUCCGGUGUACAUGUUACACCUGCUGGACAGUUGUUGAUAUGUUGUCUGUUAUCCAAUAGUCUCAUUCAGGUGGACAGAAAAGGCAAGCAGAAGAUUGCUACAGUGGCUACACAGAAGGAUGGACUUAAAAACCCUCGUUCAGUCCUCUAUAACUGGAAAUCUGGCUCAGUCAUUGUGGGAAAUUCCAAUGAAAACAUUCUGGUGAUGAAUUUAAUAUGAAUUUAAUUGUGCAUAUGUUAUAAUACAAGAUUUGUUUUGGACUAUACUUUGCACUAAAAUGAAUCAAUUAUAAUUCACCAGUGGUUAAAAGAUCUAUGUUAUCAGGAAUAGCCUUGACAGGCACAGGCCAUUGAUGCCCCUGAGAGAUGGUACUGUUAUCUCCAGCUUCAUUGGUCAUUGCAUAAUACUUCGUAAGUUUUAUUGCAUAAAAUGUUAUACGUUCGUAAUGAAAUUCGUUGACAUAAAUUUCUCAAUACCAAAACUAACAAUGAAAUUAAUAUAACAACGUAAAUUUAAGCUUUUUGUAAGCCAUGACAUAUAUUUUUAUUUACAUAUUGUUAAAGUUUAUUAGUCUACGCAAGUUCAGAAAAUAAAAAAAAAAUACAGUGAAACAAUAUAUUUUAUUUCAAUAGAUUGGGAUUUAAAUGUUCAUAAAAUGCACAUUUUGUUAAUGAUGCAAACAAAUAGCCAGUAUUUUUUAUAUCAAGUGUAAAUAAAACCACCUGGUUCGGAGUGAUCAGAUUGUUACAAGCUUCAUCUUUAGUCAUAUUGGCAGCUUAUCAAUAAAUAUUUUCGAAGAUUAUAUAUGACGUACUCAAAAUAAGUUGACUUUAUUGCAAGUAAAUAAUAUUAGAUUGUCGUAGAUUACUAAAAUGAUUACGAGAAAUACGUUAAAAAAGCAGAUGCCCAUGUCAAGAGUCUCCUGCAUAAUACACCAAGAAUCUAUAUAUUUUUUAUUAUCACAAAUAUACUUCGUGCUGAAAAGUAAGAAGUUUACGCAGCAACUCUUAUAAAGUUGCAUGUUUGCAGUUUGGGAAAAAUCGACAUAGAUUUAUAAAAAAAAAGCAUGAAUGUAUUUUAUUCACUGCAAAGUAACACUCUUGACAACGAACAAUCUUUCUGUCAUCAAUCACAAUCAGUAAAAUUAUUAAGCAUGUGUAACACUUUUUCAUCAGAAAAUGUACAAAAUACAUGCAUUACUAACGUAGUGUUUUGAGUACACACAUUAUAUGAAACGCAUGGAGGAUCCAUGAGUAGCAUGCUAGAUUUUUCGUAUGAAAGAUAACUUUUUAUUCCGUUUUUGUCUUGCUAUUUUAUUCUUUUUUAUUCCUUAACAUGCAUACUUGUGAACAAGUCCUUUUACAAUACUUGAAUCACACAUUAUCAAGUUUUCUAUGUUAAUAAUGAUUGUCACUUGCAUUUAAUUCACUGUAGUGUCAUUAUAUUUCUAUGUCUUUCUCUAUGUUCAAUGUAGGUUAA